AUGGAACCUAGUGCUCUUCGGGCCAUGGCCCGUCUCCGCUUCGACCGCCUCUGGCGCUCGGCCACUUCCAAGCUGAGGCUUCCUCUUCUGGUGGUGUGUCUGGUCCUCGUGCUCGUGCACAAGGACAGCACAUCCUCACAAAGUUUCUUGGUCCGCCAGGGCUGCAUUGGCACGUCUUGGCGGAGCUCCCGACCCCAGAGGCAAGUGGCCGCUGCAGGUGUUUCAGAAGACGUCAGUGACCGCUUGAUGCGGGAGGAGGCGCGGAACUUCAGGAUGAAUCUGGGCCACGCGCUCGAUGUCCUCCGACGGGACGUGCCUCACAUGUUUGACAAGUCGUACGACUUGGACUACUCGAUCUUUAGCCCCUCCGUGGUGGCCGAGGACGCUCGCAUGCCGAACGUCCAGAUGAGGGGUCUGGAGGCAUACCGGACCACGAUCGACUUGAUCCGGCAAGUGGUCAGGACCACCUGCGAUCAUCACAAGAUGGAGAUUCAGUCCAUCAGCGUUCCCGUGAACAGUGUCGUCUACGUGAGGUGGCGACUCCAAAUCUGGCCGAAGGACCCCCUUGGCCCAGCGAAGGUCUUCCUGAAUCCGGCUUGGCGCCUGUUCAGCUCGCCGUUGCACGAUUAUGGUGCGGCUGUGGAGCCAACCAUUCUCGAGGGCUACUCGAAGUACGACUUCGAUGCGUGGUCUGGGGAGAUUGUGAAACAUGCCGUUGAAGUCACUCUGCCUCCGAUGCUGCUGAAGGACUUCGUCCAGCAGCCUUCGUUCGCUUUUCUCUUCCUGUCAGCACCCGGCUCAGGUGGAUACGUGCCUGCGACUCCCCCCCGCCCCCGCGUGACCUUUUAA